AUGGCUUUAGCAAAUGAUGGGGCAAGGGACAAGGGUGUCAAAAGUGCCUCUCGCCUGAGGAUUGUGUCGCGGAACAUAGGGUCGCUGACAGGGAAAUCUAUAGAGCUUGUGAAGAUUCUCAAGAAAGAGGAAGAUAAAACAGCUUGUGUACAGAAAACUAAAUGGGUGGGAACUAAGGCGCGAGAUGUGGCUAGGUAUAAAUUGUGGUACUCUGAAGUCUCGCGAUGUAAGAAUGGAGUAGGUAUGUUAGUAGAUAGGGAUCUUUGGGAGCAAGUGGUAGAGGUCCGGAGAGUGAAUGACAGAAUGAUGGCUAUCAAAUUAGUUAUUAGUGGGCUCACUUGGAAUAAUACUAGUGCUUGUGCGCCACAAGUGAGCUUGGAUGAGGAGGUCAAAAAGCACUUUUGGGAGGAUUUGGACGAGGCUGAUCAAUGUAUCCCACAAACCGAGAAGAUAGUCUUAGGAGGAAACUUCAAUGGCCAUAUCGGCUCUACUUCGAGGGGUUAUGAUGAUGUGCAUAACGAUUUUGAUUUUGAAGCUAUGAAUGAUGGAGGGGUUUCCUUUUUGGAUUUUGCAAAAGCUUGUGAGUUGGAUAUCGCUAAUUCGAGGUUUCAGAAGAAGAACAAGCACUUAGUUACUUUCCAAAUCAUGGUGGCCAAGACCCAAAUUGAUUACCUAUCUUCAGGAAGUGUGACAAAGAUCUAUGAACAGAUUGCAAGGUUAUCUCGAGUGAGAAUCUCAUGA